AGACAGUUGCUGAAGCUGCAGAAGACAUAUGGGAUCACUAUGGUUAUGAAUUAGGGACUGAUUAUUCAGGAAUCUUCAAAGCCCUUUCGAACUUCAAUUUUAAUGUUAGAGUUGCUGCUGCCGAAGCAUUAGCUGCAGCUUUAGAUGAUAAUCCUGAUACAAUUCAGGAGUCGCUAUCAACAUUAUUCUCAUUGUAUAUUCGUGAUGCUGGACUUGAUGAGGACAUUAUUGAUGCUGGCUGGAUAGGCAGACAAGGGAUUGCAUUGGCUUUACACUCUGUUUCCGAUGUGCUUAGAACCAAAGAUCUUCCUGUUGUAAUGACAUUCCUAAUAUCAAGAGCGCUGGCUGAUCCUAAUGUGGAUGUUAGGGGAAGAAUGAUUAAUGCUGGUAUACUGAUUAUUGACAAGCAUGGAAAUGAAAAUGUGUCCCUGCUAUUCCCAAUUUUUGAAAAUUAUUUGAACAAAAAGGCAUCAGAUGAAGAGAGAUAUGAUCUGGUGCGUGAAGGCGUUGUGAUAUUCACUGGUGCCUUGGCAAAACAUUUGGCGAAGGAUGAUCCAAAGGUUCUUGCUGUUGUUGAAAAGUUGCUGGAUGUACUGAACACUCCUUCUGAAGCUGUUCAACGAGCAGUUUCCGCCUGUCUUUCUCCGCUGAUGCAAUCAAAACAGGAGGAUGGGCCUGUUCUUAUUUCGAGGCUUCUAGAUAAACUAAUGAAGAGUGACAAGUAUGGGGAGCGCCGAGGAGCAGCAUUUGGACUUGCUGGGGUUGUUAAAGGAUUCAAAAUUUCCUGCCUAAAGAAAUAUGGUAUUGUAAAAGCCUUGAAUGAAGGAUUUCUUGACAGGAAUUCUGCUAAAAGCCGUGAAGGAGCAUUGCUUGCAUUUGAAUGUCUCUGUGAGACAUUAGGAAAACUUUUUGAGCCCUAUGUAAUUCAAAUGCUUCCACUACUUCUGGUUGCAUUCUCUGACCAAGUGAUUGCAGUCAGAGAAGCUGCAGAAUGUGCUGCUCGGGCAAUGAUGUCUCAAUUGACUGCUCAAGGAGUGAAACUAAUCCUUCCAUCACUUCUGAAGGGCCUUGAAGAUAAAGCUUGGAGGACAAAGCAAAGUAGUGUGCAACUUCUCGGUGCUAUGGCUUACUGUGCGCCACAGCAGUUGUCCCAGUGCCUCCCCAAAGUAGUGCCAAAAUUAACAGAGGUCUUGACUGACACUCAUCCUAAAGUUCAAUCAGCUGGACAGACUGCACUUCAACAAGUAGGGAGUGUUAUAAAGAAUCCAGAGAUAUCUGCUCUUGUGCCUACUCUUUUAACAAGUCUUAUGGAACCCAAUGAAUACACAAAAUACUCCCUUGACAUACUCCUUCAGACAACCUUUGUCAACACAGUUGAUGCUCCAUCUCUUGCAUUAUUGGUACCAAUUGUCUAUCGAGGCCUUAGAGAAAGAGGUGCUGAAACUAAGAAGAAGGCUGCCCAAAUUGUUGGGAAUAUGUGUUCUUUGGUUACAGAGCCAAAGGACAUGAUCCCUUACAUAGGCUUGCUUCUUCCUGAAGUUAAAAAGGUUCUGCAGGAUCCUAUCCCUGAAGUUCGAUCUGUUGCUGCAAGAGCUAUUGGCUCUCUUAUAAGGGGAAUGGGAGAAGAAAACUUCCCAGACUUGGUGCCUUGGCUGUUGGAUACUCUGAAAUCUGAUGGCAGCAAUGUUGAGCGCUCUGGAGCUGCACAGGGCCUGAGCGAGGUAUUGUCUGCAUUGGGUUUGGAGUACUUUGAAACCAUACUUCCGGAUAUCAUACGAAACUGUUCUCAUCAAAAAGCAUCGGUCCGUGAUGGCUAUUUGUCACUCUUUAAGUAUCUUCCUAGAUCUUUAGGUAUCCAAUUCCAGAACUAUUUGCAGCCGGUUCUUCCUGCAAUUAUAGAUGGACUUGCCGAUGAGAAUGAAUCUGUACGUGAUGCUGCACUUGGUGCUGGCCAUGUUUUAGUGGAGCAUUAUGCAACAACGUCUUUGCCUCUGCUCCUUCCUGCUGUGGAGGAAGGUAUUUUUAAUGACAAUUGGCGUAUUAGGCAGAGCUCUGUGGAGUUGUUGGGUGAUCUUUUGUUUAAGGUUGCUGGAACGUCUGGAAAAGCUCAUCUUGAGGGUGGCAGUGAUGACGAAGGUUCAAGUACUGAAGCUCAUGGUCGAGCAAUCAUUGAGGUACUUGGAAGGGAGAAGCGCAAUGAAGUUCUUGCUGCACUGUAUAUGGUUCGGACUGAUGUCAGCCUUACUGUACGCCAGUCUGCAUUACAUGUCUGGAAAACCAUUGUUGCAAAUACUCCGAAGACUUUGAAGGAAAUUCUACCGGUGUUGAUGAACACUUUAAUUAGCUCGCUUGCUUCCUCAUCCUCUGAGCGGCGACAGGUUGCUGGACGAGCUCUGGGUGAGCUUGUUAGGAAACUCGGAGAAAGAGUGCUUCCAUUGAUCAUUCCAAUAUUGUCACAGGGUCUAAAUAACUCUAACCCUGGCAAAAGACAAGGUGUUUGCAUUGGUUUAAGUGAGGUGAUGGCAAGUGCUGGGAAAAACCAGUUACUGCAUUUUAUGGACAAGCUUAUCCCUACAAUUCGUGCAGCACUUUGUGAUAGCAUGCCUGAGGUUCGGGAAUCAGCAGGGUUGGCAUUCAGCACUCUUUACAAGAGUGCUGGACUGCAAGCAAUAGACGAGAUCGUUCCCACACUUUUGCAUGCUCUGGAGGAUGAUCAAACCUCCAAUACUGCUCUUGAUGGCUUAAAACAAAUACUCAGUGUCAGGACCAGUGCUGUGCUGCCUCACAUUCUUCCCAAGCUUGUACACCUUCCACUCUCUGCCUUCAAUGCACAUGCUUUGGGAGCUCUAGCAGAAGUUGCGGGACCUGGUCUUGAUGCUCAUCUUGGUACCAUUCUUCCUGCUUUACUCACUGCAAUGGGAUAUGCUGAUUUGGAGAUUCAAAGUUUGGCAACGAAAGCAGCAGAAACUGUUGUUUCAGUAAUUGAUGAGGAAGGUAUUGAUUCUGUUCUGUCAGAGCUUCUCAAAGGAGUUGGGGAUAAUCAGGAAACUACCAGAAAAAGUUCUGCAUACUUGAUUGGGUUUUUAUUCAAAACCAGUGAUCUUUAUCUUGUUGAUGAAGCCCCAAAUGUGAUAUCCACUCUAAUUGUUUUACUAAGUGAUUCAGAUUCAGCUACUGUGACGGCUGCAUGGGAAGCUUUGUCAUCUGUGAUAAGCUCAGUUCCUAAAGAAGUUUUACCUUCAUACAUAAAGUUGGUUCGUGAUGCUGUAUCAACAUCUAGAGAUAAAGAACGCAGGAAGAAAAAGAAAGGACCAGUGCUAAUACCCGGUUUUUGCCUCCGAAAAGCUCUUCAACCUGUGCUUCCUAUCUUCCUUCAGGGUCUUAUGAGUGGAUCAGCUGAUCUAAGAGAGCAAGCAGCUUUAGGGCUUGGCGAGUUAAUUGAAGUGACAAGUGAGGAAGCAUUAAAGGAGUUUGUCAUCCCAAUUACAGGGCCAUUAAUUCGUAUAAUAGGGGACAGAUUCCCGUGGCAAGUGAAAAGUGCAAUUCUCUCUACUUUAACAAUCAUAAUACGAAAGGGAGGGUUGGCAUUAAAACCCUUUCUUCCCCAGCUUCAAACAACAUUUGUUAAGUGUUUGCAGGAAAAUACAAGGACUGUUCGAUCAACUGCUGCUCUUGCACUUGGAAAGCUAAGUGCACUCACUACUAGGAUUGAUCCUCUUAUUACAGAUUUAUUGUCUGUUUUACAGAUAUCGGAUGUUGCAAUCCGUGAGACUAUCUUGGCUGCUUUAAAAGGAGUGAUCAAACACGCUGGCAAAAGUUUGAACAGUACCUCUAGAACUCGUGUCUAUACGCUCUUAACCGAUAUGAUACAUGAUAAUGAUGAUCAGAUUCGAAUGUGUGCUGCCAGCAUAUUGGGAAUUGUGUCCCAGUACUUAGAAGAUGUAGAAGUUGUUGAGGUUCUUAAUGGGACUACAAACUCUGCAUUGUCUCCUAACUGGUGCACAAGGCACGGAGCAGUACUUACGAUCUCUUCAAUCCUAAAGCACAACCCUUCCAUCAUUUUUUCCUCUUCAUCAUAUGGAGCUGUAAUAGAUAGUCUCAAAAGUAACUUAAAAGAUGAAAAGUUUCCAAUCCGUGAAACAUGUGCAAGGGCAUUUGGAAGACUUUUAUAUCAUCAAGUUGUGAGUGAUUCUUCUAAUGCUUCUUCACAUCUGGAGAUUCUCGGAUCUAUAGUAUUGGCCAUGCAAGAUGAUUCAAGUGAAGUCAGAAGACGAGCAUUGUCUGCUCUGAAGAUAGUUGCAAAAUGUAAUCCUAGUGCCUUAAUGGUCCAUGUAUUAAAGUAUGGUCCUGCACUAGCUGAUUGCUUGAAAGAUGGAAGUUCUCCAGUGAGAAUUGCUGCUGAGAGAUGUGCCUUGCAUGCCUUUCAAUUGAAUAAAGGCGGAGACAAUGUUCAAGCUGCACAAAAGUUUAUAACUGGUUUAGAUGCUAGGCGGAUUUCCAAGCUUUCAGAGCACAGUGAUGCGAGCGACAACAGUGACAUUGAAUCAAUGGCCUGAUUUUGCUUUCUUAUCCCUAAUUUUCCUUUAAAUUUCAAAAAUGAAUCAUAGUUUGGUGGCGGGAAGUACAUAGCAACCUACACUUGUGGGAGAGAUGCCAAUAUUUAUACAUAUAUGUGUAUGGUAUAUAAAUCGGCCUUUGGAGGAUGUCUCAAGGUCCAAUCUUCAAAAUUGUGAUAUAAAUCUGUAACAUAUAUAUGUAAAAUAUUGUAUGAAUUCACUUGUUCAGGCCUUCAAGCCCGAGAUUUUCUGUGAUUUAGUUGCUUCUUCUCCUUCAAAUAAUGCACAGCAUUCGAUGUGCUAAUGGACACUUGAAUUUAUAUUACAGAGUAAAAUUUGUUUUCUCAUUCCAAGUGCAAAAAGGAUUGAUGA